AUGGCGGCGGGUGAUGGGGACGUGAAGCUAGGCACCCUGGGGAGUGGCAGUGAGAGAAGCAGCGACGGCAGCAGCGGGAGUCCGGGCAGCGCGGGAGCGACAGCAGAAGGGGGCGGCUGGGUGGCAGCGGCGUUGGCGUUUCUGACGGGGGGCGGGGAGAUGUUGCUGAACGUGGCGCUGGUGGCGCUGGUACUGCUGGGGGCCUACCGGCUGUGGGUGCGCUGGGGGCGACGGGGUCUGGGCGCCGGGGCAGGGUCGGGCGAGGAGAGCCCUGCCGCCACUCUACCGCGCAUGAAGAAGCGCGACUUCAGCUUGGAGCAGCUGCGCCAAUACGACGGGUCCCAGACCCCGCGCAUCCUGCUCGCGGUCAAUGGGAAAGUCUUCGACGUGACCAAAGGCAGCAAGUUCUACGGCCCUGCGGGUCCAUAUGGAAUAUUUGCUGGUAGGGAUGCCUCCAGAGGACUGGCGACAUUUUGCCUAGAUAAAGAUGCACUUAGAGAUGAAUAUGAUGAUCUCUCAGAUUUGAAUGCCGUACAAAUGGAGAGUGUUCGAGAGUGGGAAAUGCAAUUUAAAGAAAAAUAUGAUUAUGUAGGCAGACUGCUAAAACCAGGAGAAGAACCGUCAGAAUAUACAGAUGAAGAAGAUACGAAGGAUCACAAUAAACAGGAUUGAACUUUGUAAACAACCAAAGUCAGGGGCCUUCAGAACUGCAAUUCUUACUCCUUUUCACAGAAUGUCCAGCGUCUUUGGGUUUGGUUCACCUGCUGCAAAAAACAUUCAACAGAUUGUGUACAAACUAAAUGAGUCUAAGAAGAUUUGAAUACUAGACAUUAUUUAUGCUGCCAAACUCAUUUGUUGCAGUUGUUUGUAAUGUCUGGUUGGGGCUUCAUGAUCCUGAAAAGGAGACAGGGAUUAUUUUUUUUUUAAAGAGCAAGAAAGUUACUAGGUUACUUUUUCUUUUAGGAAAAAAAAAAUCAAAGACAACCAGAUGUGUUUGCUACUUAAGUGUACAAAUCUCAGAAACAGCAAGGGAUUCCCGUUUCCUGUGCUGUGUUUUGUUCUAGUAUUGGGGGAAGGAGGAAAUCUGGGCAGAAGAGGCAGGGUGUGCAUCCAUUUGAGUAGUUUAGGCUACUGAAACAUUACAGAGUGAAUCCCAAAACUUUUCUUGUUGGGUUUUAUCAGGGAAAGGGGGGAAAAACCCCUUUAUUUCUAAAGAAAUCUUUGGAUACUAGGAGACGGGAUUUCAAGUGGAUUUAAUAAGUAACCCCAAUAGUAAGAUCAUUUGCAAUAGUUUCCGUCCUGUUCCUUCCACUAGAUCAAAUCAAUAUUAAUUGUGCCUUAUUUCACUUACAUAGACUUGAAUUAUUUUUAGGGAAAGCCCAUGUAUGAAUUCAGAAGUCACUACAAGCAGCAUUGAGACCGAAGUUGGAAUAUUCUGUUAACCAUAAACCUUGAUGUCAUUCUGUGUAUAUAGAAUGUAAAAGGAACAUUCAGUGUUACUGCCACAUGUUAAUACACACAAACUCAAUUAGCAUUGUAAUGGCCAAAUGCAAUUCCCCCAUGCUUUCCUCUUUUCAAAAAAUUGAAAACCAAAUCGACAACUCCAUCCCCCAACAGCUGCCUAAUUUUAGGAUUCUGACCCUCACAGCUCACUGGUGUGGGUGCAUGGGGCCGUGGCGUGACUGUUGUAUGGGUGUGCGUGAAUGUAUGAGAGCGCUUUGGAAGGGACUCUGCAGAUACUGUACAUACCAGUACCGUUUUAAUAAAGCAUGUAUAAUAAACCAAAAUAA